AUGCCUAAUAGGCAACCACCACCACAACAACAUCAACAAGCUGCUCAUCCACCUGCUGCACCACAUCAAGCACCACCACCGCCACAACAACAUCAAGGCGGAGGAGGACCUGGUCUCUUUGGACAAAUGGCAUCUACAGCUGCUGGUGUUGCUGUUGGAUCAGCUGUUGGCCAUACGCUUGCUAAUGGUGUUAGUGGCAUGUUUGGUGGCGGAUCACAACAAGAAACAGCUCCUGAUCAAUCAUAUCAACAACAACCUCAACAACCUCAAUACCAACAACAACAACAGCAACAACCACUUUCAUGUGAUGAGAAUGCAAAGGCCUUAACGAAAUGCUUGAGCGAUAAUAAUAAUGACGUAUCAGCAUGUCAAUGGUACCUCGAUGCAUUAAAGGCAUGUCAGCAGAUGUCUGCUCAAUAUUAG